AUGUCCAAACCCUCUUCGAAUCGAUCAUCCGUAUCGUCUUCUCCAACACGUACCAGCCCAGCCGAAGAGACCACAACCCUCUUGCCACCUACCUCCCAACACCCUCAUGCGCACCCUCAUACACCCGCUCAUCCACAUGCAAGGAAGACUUCGAUCAGCACAAGAAGCGUCAGUGGGAGAAGCGUAGCGGGGAGUGUGAGGAACUACGGUGCUGUCGCUGGACGUCCUGGUCCCGUUGAACAAGUGCCCAGAGUCAGUAAACUCGGUCAGAGGAGAAUCCUCACGACAUUCCCAUUACAAGCUACAUUCUUCAUCCUCACUUUACUCACUUUUGCAAGUUUCGUCUUAUCCCUUAUAUUAUUAUCGAACGCGGUAUUGGAUUUCAGCGUCAAGUUCUUACCUUAUAGAGGAUCUGGUUUUGCCGAAUUUUGGAUUUCUCUCAUCGGUUCAUGGAUCGGUCUAGGAGGUGUCCUAUUCUUCUCUCAUCCUUCUUACUUAUUCUUCCUCACGACACUCAUAACCCUCAUCCUUCAUAUACCCAUCUUAUUCCUCGCAUUGCUUUCACCAAGUCUCAAAAGAUCUCACGCGCCCCUCAUCCUGGUUCCGCUCCUCCUCACUGGAUCGACCUUGAUAUUCACAUUGUUAUCGAAUUUCCUAGUGAGACGGGCUAAGAAGCAGGAAUCUCUGAGGAUAAGUAGAAUGUUGACUGAGGCGGCAGGUAGAGAACGAGCAAGUGAAGAAGGCACUGCGAGAGCUUUGGUAGGUGUACAGAGGAAAGGGUUCUGGGGGAGGAUACUGGGUUUCUUCGGUGGUGUGUUUGGGUUGAUAGCUGGUCUGGCUGGAUUGGUUUUGGUAUCGCUAUUACUCAUCGACUUAUCCAUCUCGGCAUAUGACGGUACAUUACCACUACCAUCCCCUUCCUCCCAAUUGGUGAAAGUACAACCUGCAUCCUCGCAAUGGCCAAUCAACAUUCAUCUAGCAUGUACAUCAUCGAACUCCUCUUUGCCUACCAUCGUAUAUACCUCAUCCUCUGGUGUACCUGGUUCAUUGGCAUUACUGCCAUCGCCCUUACCACCCGCUAACGAAGGUUCCGAAAAUCCCGGGAGAUGGCUAUUCGAUCUGCAAGAACAAGGUAAAGUAGGAAGAGUAUGCACGUGGGACCGACCAGGAUACGGUUUCUCAGACGUCCUUUCCAAUGCGGAUCUGGGAGGGAUCGCAGAUUCCUUAUGGGAAGCAUUGAGCAAUGCCGGUAUGGUUAGGGAAAGUAAGAAGGAGGGAUUGAUCAUGGUCGGUGAAGGAUAUGGAGGCCUUGUCUCGAGAGUAUUCGCUUCACGACAUCCUUCAUCUAUCCAUUCAUUCCUUCACCUAGACGCACAAACAGCAUCUACCUAUUUCCACGACCCGUCCACCACCCAAUUCCUAUCCCGUCUAUCCUCUCGAUUAUUCCCAUCACUUCUUACACCCCUGUCGCUCAACAGACUUCCUUCGGUUUUAUUGAGAAGAUCAACGUCGUUAUCUAGGAUAUUAGCUUCUUCUCGUCCUACCCCUUCUACAGUGAGACUUAAUGAGAAAUUGAGGAAAUCUAGGUUACAAGAGACAAUCGGAUCUCAAUCAAGGACUUCAGCAAGUUUCAGAGUACUGUUGGAAUCGGGAUAUAAAUAUCCUUCGACGAAACCUGCCAUUGUACUUAGUAGUGACAGGCGGAUGAAAGAUGAUGAGAGUUGGGCAGAAGGUCAGAGGGUUUUGGCGGAAGAGGUCACUUCUGAUGAUGGAUUGGUAGAUUGGAUUAAAGUCGAUAAGGUGGAUCACUUCGUUUGUGAGAAUGAUGGAAGGCAAUUCUGUGAGGAUUCGAUAGUAAAAUUAUUGAAGCAGUAG